AAGAUGAUAAAGAUUACGCUUUAAAACAGAUAGAAGGUACUGGAAUUUCCAUGUCUGCAUGCAGAGAAAUAGCAUUGCUGCGGGAGCUCAAGCAUCCAAAUGUCAUUUCUCUGCAAAAGGUGUUCCUUUCUCAUGCUGACAGGAAAGUGUGGCUUCUCUUUGACUAUGCUGAACAUGACCUCUGGCAUAUAAUCAAGUUUCACAGGGCUUCUAAAGCAAACAAGAAACCAGUUCAGUUACCUCGGGGAAUGGUGAAGUCGCUGUUAUAUCAGAUCCUAGAUGGUAUUCACUACCUGCAUGCUAACUGGGUGUUACACAGGGAUUUGAAACCUGCUAAUAUUUUAGUUAUGGGUGAAGGUCCUGAGCGAGGAAGAGUAAAAAUUGCUGACAUGGGCUUUGCCCGAUUAUUUAAUUCACCUCUGAAGCCUUUAGCAGACUUGGAUCCAGUAGUUGUAACCUUCUGGUAUCGAGCUCCAGAGUUGCUUCUUGGAGCAAGGCAUUAUACCAAAGCUAUUGAUAUUUGGGCCAUAGGGUGUAUAUUUGCAGAGCUGCUAACAUCAGAGCCAAUAUUCCAUUGUCGACAAGAAGAUAUCAAAACUAGUAAUCCUUAUCACCAUGACCAGCUGGACAGAAUAUUCAAUGUAAUGGGAUUUCCUGCAGAUAAAGACUGGGAAGACAUAAAAAAGAUGCCAGAACAUUCAACCUUAAUGAAAGAUUUCCGGAGAAACACGUAUACCAACUGCAGCCUUAUCAAAUAUAUGGAAAAACACAAAGUUAAACCAGAUAGUAAGGCAUUCCACUUGCUUCAGAAAUUGCUCACUAUGGAUCCAAUAAAGAGAAUUACCUCAGAACAGGCUAUGCAGGAUCCUUACUUCUUGGAAGAUCCUCUUCCCACAUCCGAUGUUUUUGCAGGUUGUCAAAUCCCUUACCCAAAACGAGAAUUUUUAACAGAAGAAGAACCAGAUGAUAAAGGAGACAAAAAGAACCAGCAGCAGCAGCAGGGCAAUAACCAUACUAAUGGAACUGGUCAUCCAGGGAACCAAGACAACAGUCACACACAGGGACCCCCACUGAAAAAAGUGAGAGUUGUUCCUCCUACCACUACCUCAGGUGGACUUAUUAUGACCUCAGACUAUCAGCGUUCCAACCCCCAUGCUGCCUACCCCAACCCCGGACCAAGCACAUCGCAGCCCCAGAGCAGCAUGGGCUACUCAGCUACCUCGCAGCAGCCGCCGCAGUACUCGCACCAGACACACCGGUACUGAGCCGCACCCGCUGCCGCCAGGAGCCCGCCUUGGGCCGCAGAAUGUACUGUACAACCACACCUCCCACCGUCCCGCCACGGUGCCGGGGCUCCCACCUUGUACCUGGUCUUGGGCUUAGACUUGAAAAGGAAGUGCUAGCACGGUUUGUGUUGUGGAUAUGCUACUUCUGUAGUUUACUUGACAUGGUUCAGACUGAGCGAUGCAUUUUUUUCAGUGACAGUCUGUAGCAGGUGAAGCUGUGAAAUGUGCUAGGGGCAAGCAUUUUUGUUGUCGUAUGUGGUGAAUUCUCUUGAUGUAACAACUUCAUCUGACCGGUAGUACGCGACAUCUUUGAACUGGUACUUGAAGCAUACAGUAUAUGUUACCAUGGCAAAAAAGCAAACUAACCGUAACUCUCAGACAGUUUUGAUAGACAUUUAUUUUUAGUGACUUUUGUGGGUUGGUUCAUUUUUCAGCUAGAUCGAUGUUUUAUGACCGACAUGAUUGCUACGAUGAGAUUUUUUUAAGAACAUGGAAGCGUUUGCAUUUUUUCCCAGCAAUUACAAGCAUCCCAAAGAUUUAUUUCCAACAUAAGUUUUUGUUUUUGUUUUGAAAUCUAUGACUUGACUGGUAUUAAAGCUGCUAUUUGAUAGUUAAAUAAGUAUGUUGUCAUUGAUAUAAACAUGUUUGGUUCAGCAAACAAACUAAAAUGAUUGUCAUAGACAGUGUUUUAUUUUUUUCCUGUUGGUGUUAAUGAUUUGUGAGCAUGCUUUGGGAUUAAAAAAGCAUGAAUGAUAUUUCCUAAAAAGGUGCGGCAUCCAUUCAGAUAUUUUGUCAUGAUUUUUGAGAACCAGCUUGGUGUAGUGGGUUUUAAAUUUUGUUCAGUUUGUUUGUUUUUUUUUAAAAUGUUCGCACGUUGUUUAGGGGUGCCAUUCCUACUGCAGAGGAACAAGAUGUUAGGAGAGCCUUAGAAUUUAUGAGGAAAAACUUACAUACAAUGUACUGUAUCAAACUAUUUUACAUGAAUGACACAAGUAUUCUGAGUAAAAAAAAAUCAAACAUUGUUAAAACAAGGUGUUAUGUAAUAAAUUUAUUUUUCAUAAAUCUGCAUUA